CCAUUUUGUGUUGCUUCUCAAAUUGAAUAUAUCUUUAGAAUUAGAAGUUAGAAGAAUGGUGUUUGGUCAAGUAGUUAUUGGUCCUCCUGGUUCAGGCAAAACAACUUAUUGCAAUGGAAUGUCUCAGUUUCUCCAACUCAUUGGACGGAAAGUUGCUGUUAUCAAUUUGGAUCCUGCUAAUGAUGCUUUACCAUAUGAGUGUGCUGUGAAUAUUGAGGAUCUAAUUAAGCUGAGUGAUGUAAUGGCUGAACAUUCUCUUGGUCCAAAUGGAGGGCUUGUAUAUUGCAUGGACUUCCUCGAGAAGAAUAUUGACUGGUUAGAGUCUAAGUUAAAACCUCUCCUUAAAGAGCACUAUCUUCUCUUUGAUUUACCGGGUCAGGUAGAACUAUUUUUUCUUCAUGAAAAUGCAAAGAGUGUGAUAAUGACUCUUAUAAAGAAGUUAGAUCUUAGGUUGACCGCAGUGCAUUUAGUCGAUGCUCAUCUUUGCAGUGAUCCUGGGAAAUAUGUGAGUGCGUUGCUCCUCUCGUUGUCAACCAUGUUACACCUGGAGCUUCCUCAUGUCAACGUCUUAUCUAAGAUUGAUCUUAUUGAAAGCUAUGGAAAGCUAGCUUUUAACCUGGAUUUCUACACAGAUGUCCAAGAUUUAUCUUAUUUGCAGUAUGAGCUUGGUCAGGAUCCUCGCUCCGCUAAGUACAGAAAGCUUACAAAGGAACUAUGUGAAGUGAUAGAAGAUUAUGGACUCGUCAACUUCACGACUUUAGAUAUCCAGGAUAAAGAGAGUGUCGGGAAUCUAGUUAAACUAAUUGACAAGACCAAUGGAUACAUAUUCGCUGGCAUAGAUGCAAGUGCUGUUGAAUUCAGCAAAAUUGCGGUUGGUCCUGUUGAUUGGGACUACUACAGAGUUGCGGCAGUGCAGGAGAAAUACAUGAAGGAUGAUGAAGACUCUGAUAUAACAAGGAGCAGUGAUGCAAAAUAGUUGGUCCACUAGGGAAUUGCGCGGUUGUGACAAUUUCUAAAUACUGCAUCUUUUAGAAACUAAUUAUCCUAAUGAUGGUAGGAUGCAACCGUCAUAUUGUUCUUGCGCGUGCAUGUAUUUACUCAUAUUACGAAACUUUCUUUUUUGUACUGAAAGAUGGAACACCUAGUCACUUUUUAUGAGGCCGUCAAUUGUACAACAAAAUAUAUACACUCCCUUACAAU